ACCUGGAAGUCAUUUUCUCCGAUCCCUUCGAGGCAUUGAAGUAGAAGUAGAUAAACUGAAGAACAGCGAGGCUGCGGAGCUGCUGGUGACCAACCAGGAGGAGGAGUAUGUUGCCGGCAAGGAGCACAUAUUCGACACCCCGCCCACCGAAGAUCCGCACUACAUAGUAUUCGUGCAGCUGCAGCUGUUCAAGAGAUAAUCAAAUCACUGAAGAGCGCCAAUUUCGCAAUUCUCGCGAAAAAAAUGAGAACAAAAUUGCGCGCUCUGUUUAUCUCUCUUUCUGGCGUCGACAGCGCAAAAUAGUGGGACCAGCGGGUGUGUGGCCCGGCUAAGUGCGGUCACAGUAUCGCUGCGGAUAGUGGUGAAACUGGAAAAUGUUCGCAUUUCAAAAUACUGGUAAUUCCAUGCUCCAAACCCAAACGCAUCCAUAGAAAUCAGGAUGGUGGCGCCGCACUUGCUUAGAAAUGAGGAUGGCAACGCCACCAUCCCUUCGAAAUCAAUAUGGCAGAGCCGCACUUGCAUAGAAAUUGCGAGAUUAGGCGAAAUACUGAAAAAGUCUUUUCAAUUAUAACGAUAUAUUUUCAGCCUUGUUCCUGAAACUUUAAGCCGUUAAAAGUUAUAUUUCCUUCGAUGCGCAAUGAAUAUUUUCAAUGAAAGUUCGUCUCAAAAUUUCACUUAAUACUGUUGUAACAAAAUUUCAGCGCAUAAAAUAUUUAAAACUACGACUGCCGACUAAAGAAACGUAUUACUACAGUCAAAUCCACAGUCUGAAAUUACGAAAGCAAUAUACCAAAAACCUAUCCCAAGUUAAGAGCUUAUUACCCUCAAAACUACAAUUUCUACGUGACAAAGGAAUAUUGUUAUUACACAAUUACACUUAAUAAAUCUGUUGUCUAGUAUUUGCCGCCCAUGAAUCAGCAAACUUUUUUCCAUUUUCGCAGCCAGGUCUUACAAGCACGCUCUACUGGAGACUCAGGAUAGACGAACGCGUUGAAGUGAGGCUAGAAGCGAGAUACCUUAACAAGGGUGUAGUUCGCUGAGAUCUUAUCAACAAGCAAACAAAAACAAGUUAGCCGGUGACCAUACAAGUUCCCUUUGCAAAGGUUCGGCAUGGCAACUGUGGGUCAGCUGACGAGAAUCGCGGAUGUGGAGGAUCUCAGGGAUCUGCAGAAUCUGUAUCUGAAGGAUUGGCCCAGCCACUGCGUCGCCUUCUUCUGGCUGGACAACUACUUGCGAUGGCUCCAUCAGAAGCCGACCCUGAAGCACCUCGAGUUCUACACCUUGGAUAAUGACUUCCGCAGCGAUGGACUGUUCAUACUGGUCCACCGCUAUCAGCUGUUCUUCAGUAACUUGAGCAGACAAAGGUCGGGCUUGGAAGCUGCGCUGAGACACUUGGACUGGUCGGGAGGUUUCAAAGUCAGUGCUAUCCACGAAAGCCACCACAAGAUCUACAAGCAGCUGGCACUGGACCUCGGGCUCCACAUGGAUCGGGAAAUGAACACCAUAAUGUAUAUGCUGACCCGUGAGGAGGCAGUGAGAUUGCAGGUCCAGUGCCCGGAGGGCUAUUAUCUGGGCCAAGUGCGGCUGGAACACGCAGAUCUGAUCAACGAUCUCUGGUCAGCUCGUCAUCCUGGCUCCCUGGAGCUCAUUCAGAUGCUUAUAGCACACAAUACCAACGUGGGAUUGUAUGAGAAGGAGUCGGGCUCAUUGUGUGCUUGGUGCUUGAGGCUGCAAAGUGGAUUCCUCGGAGCUUUAGAAGUGCUCCCAGCUCACCAGCGUCGUGGCCUGGGACUAGUAGUGGCCGCCGCCAUUUCCAAAGCCAUUGCAGCCGAUCUUCAGCAGGACAUCACGGCCCUGGUCAACAUGAACAACAGAGCUGCGUGUCGAGUGUUCGAGAAACUCGACUUCAGGUUGGUCCAGGGCGAGCACUACUACUGGAGCAUGAUCAGGCCAGCAGAAGGAGGCCAGAUUUCGUGGCCCUGCGGGGAGUAGAGCCAGACACAAACAGGAGAGGAGAACCAGUUACUUACCAAUAAAUUGUUUUUAAUAUUUGA